AAACGUUUAACUUGAGAGUUAAAAAGUGAUAUUUAACUUUAUCUUUUUUAUGUGAAAGAAUGAAAAAGACAUUCUUUCGGUAACCAUCUCAACUCUUGAAAAUAAAGGAGAUACCAGUCUGUAUUUUGUUAUGUACUCAAACAUAACUUUCUCUCUUUCUUGAUUCUCUCUCUCUCCAAAUCCGCCAUGGCCGGAGCUACCACCAUCCUCGCAUUCGCCAUUCUCACCCUGUCAGCCAUCUCGGUCCCAACAAAUUCCCAAGAAUUCUCAAGAAAGCUCAAGAAACGAGAAAUGGGGAUGAAGAGAGAGAAGCUGAGCCACCUUCACUUCUACUUCCACGACAUCGUGAGCGGCCGCAACCGGACGGCGGUGCGCGUGGCGGAGGCGGCCAGCACCAACUCCUCGGCCACGGGGUUCGGCUUCUUGGUGAUGAUCGACGACCCCCUGACGGUGGGCCCCAACACGAGCUCCAAGAUGGUGGGGAGAGCUCAAGGGCUGUACGGGUCCGCUGAUUUGAGCGAGGUGGGGCUUCUCAUGGCGCUCAAUUUCGCCUUCGUGGAGGGGAAGUUCAACGGCAGCACGCUCAGCGUGUUGGGCCGGAACGCGGUGUUCUCCGCCGUGAGGGAGAUGCCCGUUGUCGGCGGCAGCGGUGUUUUCCGGUUUGCCCGCGGUUACGCUCACGCGAGGACUCACUCCUUUGACUUCAAAACCGGGGAUGCCGUCGUUGAGUACAACGUUUAUGUAUUGCAUUAUUGACUUUUUUACCCUUCAUGUCUUUGCUUGCAGUAAUUCCAAAAUGUUUAUGUAACCACUAUAAUCUUGUCUUGUUUGUUGUAAUACUUGUCAAUUCCCAAACACAAUACUUUAAUUUGUGUCUGCAUUUAAUUGUUGAGCCAUUAAUUAAUGCUAGCAUUGCAUUGGAGACUA